ACGCCUCUUCCGCCAUCGCAGUGGCCAUGGAACCCUCUCCGCUCACCCAGGUCGAACGGCCGGAAACAUUCCAACCCAAAAUCAUCCGCCUCUACGAGACUGUUUUUAGGGAUGAGGAUGAGGAUGUAGACCUGUCCGAUGGCUUCUGGGAGGAGUUUUUCCUCCAUCGACCAGAUCAUGCAGGCUUCAAGCGCAUUCUCGAGACGAUAUCGCCAGACGACAUGCUGCACCUCCAAGCGCAUUCACAGCAACUGUUCCAAAGAGCCAUUUCGCGUAUACAGCAGGCGUCUGCGCCCUCGGACGAGAUUGCCCUCGAGACCUUGACAGUGUUCCUAGAUGCCGCGUUGAGCAAGAAAUACACGAACCCCAGUUCCGACAUCAUCGCCGUUCUCGCUGGCCUCAACGAUGCCGACACCGUAAUGUCCGACUUCGUGGCCGCGCUGGAUACCGUCAUACGGAAUGGUCGCUCCCUGUCUCUGCGACUCAAGGCCGUACGAACCUCGCUCUCCAUAACCGCUACCGGCUUCCACACGGCACUCCCUUCAUACUUUACACACCGCGACCUGUUCCCUGCGCUCAUGAAGUUCACUCAAGAUUGCGAGCACAGCUCUCAGGUUCUACCGGCAUUGUACUUGCUUGGUUUGCUGGUCAAUUACAACAAGUUCGAAUUUCAGAAUCCGUACAGAUUACGGCUAGACGAUUUCGUGAAUGAUGCCAUCAUCCAAAAGAUCGUCACAAGCGUUGGGGACACUUGUGUGAAGCUGAGGGACGCCUAUGUGGCGAUACAAGAUGAUAUGCCAGAGCCGUGGUCGUUAGGGUCAACGUUGAACUACAUUGGGUUGGGGGUACUAUCUCCCACAUCACGGCCCACAACACCUACACCGGGUGCCGAAGAUCCCAAAUCCCUAUUUGCAGCAUUACCAGGGCCUGAGAUUGGAGUACUUCUUUCUACCUACGAUUUCGCCAAUGCCAACAAAGUCUUCUGCUUCAAUCUUGUAUCAACGCCUGCCCCAAAUAAAAGCGAUCCUUCGCCCUUAAGUUCCUUCCUGUCGCUUACAUCAUAUCUUUCGCAACAUGCACAUCGCUCCCAGAGAGCUGCAUUGUAUACUCAUCUCAGUCUAUUCACCCUACAGAUUCUUGUGGAAGAUCAAUCGUUAGCAAAACGCCUGUGUAGCGACGAGAGCAAGCUUUCCGUCCGCCUGUGUCGGCAACGGCAGCCUUUUCUACCUCUGGUUAAGGGCGAGCGAACUGCCACUUCUGUGAUUCUGGACCUUAUGAUAGAUGGCAUCAAUCACAAUCUCCGACGGCGGCUGGAUGUCGAAUAUUAUAUCUUAUGUAUAGGUAUUCUAUUACGAAUACUCUCAUUCCUGAGCCGCACUAAAACCCGCAUCGCCUACCAUUGGUCGGAGUUGUGGCGGACACUACUUUCCUUCUUCCGCUUUUUGACUACCUACGUCGAUGACAUUCGCUCCCUGCGCCGCUCGUCGGAAUUGGUCGAUAUACUCGUCAACCUUCUCGCCUUUGCCCUAUCAAGUGGUGAGAACUUCCUUCCGGAUCCCGCAUCGUACGACGAUUUGUUUUACAAGCUCGUCGAAACUGGGGAUAGUCUGGCCAAGUUCCGCGACGCUUUUGGCCUGAGCAGUUCAACGUCUAUGCAGACAUUGGUAAAUGUCUCAUCCCACUACCAGACGCUUCUCGAAGGUGGCGGGGACCAGGCGAAAGCGAAGAAUAAGAUUCUCAGCCCGAGAGAGGUCAACAACGUUAUCAAGCAAGGGUACAGCACGCUUUCGAUUGAAGCCGAGGAAGGCCUUGAUCGAUGGGAACGGUUUCGUGAGGUCGAGUAUAAGAUUGCUCUUAAGAAGAUUGCGAGGGCGGCAAUCGAGGACGCUAAGAUGCUGAAGGAGGACAAGUAA